AUGGAUCAAUGUUCAAUAGUUAUUAGAUACGUUUUUCACGGUACAAUUAAUGAAAAAUUAAUUGCUGUAAAGUGUGUUCAUAAUUCAAGUGGUAAAGGUAUGGCUGAACUGCUAAAAGAGGAAUUGAUUUCUGUUGGCUUGGAUUUAACGAAAUGUAUAAGAAAUUCUACUGAUGGAGCGUCCAAUAUGCGAGGAGUAUAUAAUGGUUUCACUUCAUAUUUAAGUAAAUUAUCGCCUGAACAAGUUCAUGUUUGGUGUCAUAGUCACGUUUUAAAUCUUGUUAUUUGCGAUACAACAAGAAAUCCUGUCCAAGUAACAUCAUUUUUUACUUUAUUAAAUAGUUGUGCGGUAUUUUUCAAAGAAUCAUAUUUGAGGAUGGAUAUUUGGAAUGAAGUUAGCAAGACAAAUUCAGAUAACAGUCGAAAUAAGCGUCUUCAAACCAUUGGGGAAACUAGAUGGUCAUCAAAACAGACUGCUGUUGAGAGAAUUUUCGGAACAUUUGGAGAUCCAAAAAGUUCUAUAUAUGUAGACUUGAUAAUUGCUUUCACUAAAGUUGUUCAAGGGGAAAAAUUUAAACCUGAUAUAAGAGCAAAAGCAAACAAUUAUUUAGAUUUACUAUUACAGUAUGAGACUAUUUUGACAGCACACAUAUUUAUGAAUGUUUUUAGUAUAACGGGCCCACUAUCUAGAUAUCUACAAACCAGUGGAUUAGACCUUCUGAAAUGUCAACUAAUGGUAAAAUCUGCACUGAGUCAAAUAGUUAAGUACCAAAGAGAUAUGGAAAAUAUUAUAGCUAAAAGUGAUACAUUUGUCGAAUGGGUAAAUAAUCAACUAGAAUUGCAAGAUUUGGAUAAUGCAAUUUAUCUCCAAGAACAAUUCGAAAUCAAACGAUUAAGGAAAAGAAAACGAAUGACUGAUGAAUUAUUAAACGAUGACCCAAUUAAUGAUGCGAAACAAAAAUAUACUGUUGAAGUUCAUAAUCAGGUGAUGGAUAGAAUAGUUGAAAGUAUGAAUUCAAGAUUUGUAAACAAUAGUCCUUUAUACAUGGAUUUAUCACUUCUAUCCCCAGUCAACUUUAAUAGUUUUAAACAUGUCAGUGAUAAUUUGGAAGAAUUCUAUCAAAAAUUAAGAGAAGAAUUAGUAAGUUUUAGUAAUAAUUGGGAUAACUUAAAAAAAUCAGUUGAAGACGAAUAUGAUUUUGAAAAUUUCGAUUCAGAAGAUGAAUAUCAAGAAGCUGAAGAAACUGCCGGAUUAAAUAUGACCUCAUGUGAGAGGUCAUUUUCAACUCUAAAAUUCAUAAAAAAUCGAUUACGAAAUACUCUAACUAAUGAGUAUUUGGAAGCGUUUAUGUUGAUGUCCGUGGAAAAGCGAACAUUAGUAUCUAUAGAUGACGAUAUUAUAAUCGACAGAAUUGGGGAAACUAGUGAAGUUAUGAAAAAAGACCUAAUUAUGUAA